CAGGAAGGUAGUCGUAUAGUAUUGAUAAUUCUAGCAGUAAUACACUGCUGACUGUUCCCAAUGAGCUCGAAAAACGAAGAGUUGGUUCCCUCCCGAACCCGUAAACCCUACACGAAAACCGUGCGUAUGCAUGGAUUUACUGUAACCGCCGAUAUCAGACCCGGGUCGCCUCCUCAUUCACGCGCUACCUCCUCUCCGGUGUGCCGACCGACGGAUUCGUCCGAUUCUAGGUCACAGGGACCCUCAAAUCGUAAGGGCCAACAACAAGGCAGCAAGAUGUCUGGCGCAAAAGCUCUCCCAGAUAUUGAAAAGGAACUGGAGUGUUCAAUCUGUUGCGACAUGAAAACUGCCCCAAAGAUCGUUGGGCAAUGCUACCAUACCUUCUGCAGGGACUGCCUCGUGGAGUACAUCAAGUCACGCAAGAGCAAGGGCAAGACGAAGACUAACUCCUUUCCAUGUCCGCAUUGCCGCUCGCGAUGUCCGCUGCCGAGUGAAGGCGCGGAUGGUUUAAAGGACGACUUUACGGCUGCGAAUAUCAUCGAGCAUUUGAAAGCGGCUGAAUCCAAAGCGGCUUGGGCAGCCCCGCCGAUGCUAGGAUGCCGCGAUUGCAAGGUGAAGGGGACGGCAACGGAUGCCUCGUUUGUCUGCGACGCGUGUGAUUUCGAUCUCUGCGAGGAGUGUAAGGAUCAUCACUUGAUCAAAACACUUCCGCAAGGGGACCAUUACAUCUACCAGAUUUGUUCCGACCAUCGGAGGCGGAUGAAACACUACUGCGCCAACUGUAAUACGCUGGUGUGCGCCGAGUGCAUGGAGAGUCACGAAUCGAACGCUUCCUGUCAGAUUGAGCCGUACAAGAAUGUCAUCUCGUACAUGUUAGCGGACGUCGUGGCCGAAGUGGAAGCAGUGGUGACCCUGAAACAAACAGUGAGCAAUCAGGUUGCGAAAGCCCUGGAGUCUGCGGAAGAAACCGAAAAAAAGGGUAAAGAACUACGCAAGCAAAUUUUUCCGGGACUUAACGCUGUUCGUAAUGAAGUAGAAGUGAUGGACCUUGAGCUAAAAAGGCUGAUGACCAGCAGGCAAAAGAAGAAAGCAGAGGAGAAAAAGUUGGAGAAUCUUCUGAAGGAUAUCGAAAAGUGUUGCGAGGAAAACUCCACCGAGACCACAACCUAUCGGACAACCUUAUCAACCGAAAGUGCCCGGAUUGACCAAGCAAAGCAGUCGAUUUCAGAGCUGCAGGAAGCCAAGUUACUUGGCGAACAUCACAAGGAACAGGUUACACAGUGUCAGACAACAAUGAAAGCAGUGUUGUUGUCUCUUGAUGGACUCUCCAAGUCUGUGAAGGCUGCAGAGACUCGCCAUCUCCCGGAUUAUCCUGAAGCUAGCACAUCCUUGAAGUCUUUCCUUGACAAUGGCCUGUUCUCAAGUCUUAAGGCAAAGUGCUCCCCAGAUAAGACCAGGCAUACAUAAAAGGAAGUGACUACUUGGCAAGCCCGGCUUACCAAACAGCGACUUUUUCUUGUCCUGAAUGGAGAGCCGAACUCAUUAAUAUUAAAGUAAAGUCUCCAGCUCGCCAAACAGGGUAGAUUUUUUACCUGUUUGGCAAGCCCGGCUGGCCGAACAGAGUGGCUUUUUAGUGCUGUUUGGCAAGCGGCUCUCCCAACGGGACAAAAAAAGAUGCCUGUUCGGCAAGCGGCUUGCCAAAUAGACCCGGCCAAAAUUUUAACAACAUUUUUCAGAUAAUUAUAUAUGCUUGCAAAUAAUUGACAGUAUUAUAUUGACGCAAAGAUUUUGUCCGAAGAUACGUUAGCAACUCAUU